GGUUUCUGUCCAAUAACGGUGCUCUCUGCUCUGAGGCACAUUUAACUGUGAAGUUUGCAGCGGGAGAGGCUUUCCUUCAAGCUGUUAGUGUUUCAUCCUGGCAGGCUCCUCGAGGUUGUUGUGAGGAGUCUAGCCAGUUGGUGAGCUUUGUAAUCUAAACCAGCUGUCCCAGGCUGAGGCCCCCAUUUGCAUUGUUUAACAUACUUAGAAAAUGAAGUGUUCAUUUUUAACAUUCCUCCUCCAAUUGGUUUAAUGCUGAAUUACAGAAGAGAACUAAGCAAAACCAGGUGCUUUCUCUGUAUUCUCUCCAGUGUCUGAGGAGGUACAGACGGCUCCUGAUCUUCUCCAUUCCAUUACUUGCUAUUUCAUUCUUUGGACUAUAAAUGACCGACGAACUGAAGUGCUAGCAGAGGGUAAUGUUUGGAAAAACUUUUUAGUUAUUCAUCAGCACAGACUCUGUUUUUUUUCCACCUUUCCCUAACAGUUUUGGACAUGCAAGGAUUAAAAAGGAUACUGACUGCUUUCACACUGGCCAUCUGCCUUUCAAGACCUGGAAAAGCACAGCAACAAUGCACUAAUGGGUUUGACCUGGACCGUGCCUCUGGGCAAUGCUUAGAUAUUGAUGAAUGUCGAACUAUUCCUGAGGCCUGCAGAGGAGAUAUGGUGUGUGUCAACCAGAAUGGUGGCUAUUUAUGUGUACCCCGAACAAACCCAGUGUAUCGAUCACCAUAUCUGAACCCUUAUUCAAAUAUUUAUCCACCGCCCCCAGCACCAGGCCCUGUUCCUAACUACCCUACUGUUACAAGACCUCUGAUCUGUCGAUUUGGUUACCAGUUGGAUGAAAACAAUCAGUGUGCUGAUGUGGAUGAAUGCGCUUCAGAUUCUCACCAAUGUAACCCCACCCAGAUCUGCAUUAAUACUGAGGGGGGCUAUACCUGUUCCUGCACUGAAGGCUACUGGCUGUUAGAAGGCCAGUGUUUAGAUAUAGAUGAAUGUCGCUAUGGCUACUGCCAGCAGCUAUGUGCCAAUGUACCCGGUUCCUACUCCUGUACGUGCAACCCAGGUUUUACCCUUAACGAUGAUGGAAGAUCAUGCCAAGAUGUGAACGAAUGUACAAGUGAAAACCCUUGCACUCAGACCUGCGUCAAUACCUAUGGCUCUUUUCUUUGCCGUUGUGAACCUGGCUAUGAACUGGAAGCUGAUGGAGUUAACUGCAGUGACAUGGACGAAUGCAGCUUCUCAGAGUUCCUCUGCCAGCAUGAAUGUGUGAAUGGGCCUGGUUCUUACUACUGUAUCUGUCCUUCGGGCUAUAACUUGCUUGAUGAUAACAGAAGUUGCCAAGAUAUCAAUGAAUGUGAAACCAGAAAUUUCACCUGCACUCCACAGCAAACAUGUUUCAAUAUCCCAGGAGAAUAUAAAUGUUUAGACCCAGUACGAUGUGAGGAUCCUUAUAUCCAGAUUAAUGAGAACCGCUGCAUGUGUCCAGCUGAAAACACCGGUUGCAGAGAUCAGCCAUUCACCAUCUUGUACAGAGUGAUGGACAUGGUGUCCGGGCGGUCUGUGCCUUCUGACAUUUUUCAGAUGCAAGCAACAACUCGCUACCCUGGAGCUUAUUACAUAUUCCAAAUCAAAUCAGGGAAUGAGGGCAGGGAAUUCUACAUGCGGCAAACAGGACCAAUCAGUGCUACUCUGGUGAUGACUCGCCCUGUGAAGGGCCCCCGUACUGUUGAGUUGGACUUGGAAAUGAUCACUGUUAACACUGUCAUCAACUUCAGAGGAAGCUCUGUCAUCCGGCUGAGGAUAUACGUAUCACAAUACUCCUUCUAAACCCUGAGUUCAUGCUCUGAAAACAUUAAAAUAAGAGACAGUUCUUCCCCUGCAAAACUCUCCUCAGAAGCCAGUACGUAUAGCAGCUCCAAAACAAAUCAGUACUUCUACAGACCCGUGACCUGUGCCUGUCUGAGGAGUGAGGCCUCUUCCUGCACAGCCCCUACCAGGCUGUAGACAUCUGAAGAUGUAUUGUCAGCAGAUCCCAUAUGAUUCUCUAUGUGGUCAUACAUUUUAAGGAGUCUUCUUUCCAUUGUAAACACUUCUAGGGUAUGAGUCUUAUAUUUCAAAGAUUGUGAACCUUUGUAGCUCCAAGGCUGCUUGGCAAAAAGCACCAAAGAAACUGAGGAAAAAGCUGGCUUUUGCAAUCUUGCUGUUUAUUCUUAUUAUUAUUAUAAAUGGAAAGCAGACAAAAAAGCACAAAAAAGAAACAAAAAGUCACUUAAUGAAACAAGGGAUCUCAGAAGUGCUAAUUUACAUUCCCAAUUAUCGCUGGAAUUAUCAGUCAGGCACUUUGUCUCAAUUCACCCUGCAUUUGUCUUAGUUUCUCCUGUUUUUUCUUUGAUUCCAUUUUAUAGUUAAAACUCAUUGUAAAUUCAUUCCAAAAUACAUGUUUUACUAUGUAAUCUUCUAUUUUCUAGCAAGGUGUCACAUGUUUGGGUUCCUUCCUGUAUUAAAUCUUUCCAUAUAUAACAGAGUUCAUAGAAAUCACUGGAUGGUAUGUUUUAUAAUAUUAAGGAUGCUAUGCUUAUUUUCACCCAGGCUUUUUAAUGUAGGCCUUCACUGCCAGAACAGUGUCCAGGAUCUUUAGAGCAGAUAAACCCCAGAACUUUAUUUUCCUAUUUUCCUGAGUUUGGUAGUUGCAGACAGUUUGUAAUGGUUAUAAGGCAGCAAUACUAACUUUGUAGUUGAGGUUACAACUAAUCUCCUGUUCAAAGACCACUCAGGUCAGGCGGUCCAAAUUCCUUCAGAAAAAAUUGUUAUGUUCAUGUGCAGUCUCCCUCCUGCAUUCCUAACACUGGGGAGAAUAAACUGAAAAGGACUUGGACCAGUCUUACCGUUCAUGCCUCUGCCACAGAGCAGACCCCGGUAUACAAGUACCCAGACCUCGAAUGAAGGGAUCCCACAGUUUCCGCAGGCAAUGUCUUCUCAGGUAUAACUGCUGUAACCAAUAGAAAGUUUCUUCUAAAGUCUAAUCUGAAUCUCUGCUAUUGUAACUUAAAUCCAUUGCUUUUUAGCCUACUUCCAGUAGAAACAGAGAACAGUUUAUCUUCCCCUUUGCCGUAGUCUUUAACGUGUCUAAAGGCUGUUGUCAUGUCUCCCCUCAGACUGUUCCUCUCUAGUCUAAACAAAACCAAUUCUUUUGGUCUUUCCUCAUACAUCACAUUUUCUGGACCUUUGAUCAUUCAUGUUGCUCUCAUCUGGAUUCUCUCCAGUUGGUUCAUAUCUUUCUUGAAGUGCAGUGCCCAAAACUGUGAAAAGUAUUCCAGCUGAGGCCUCACAGUGCUAAGCUAAAUCUAUAUAUAUGUUCAGGAGUUUGAAAAAAAACUAAAUAAAAAUUGUAUAGUUUGGAGAUACAAUGCUCAUCUUGUUGAAGCCACUGGCGGUUUGGUCUUUUAUUUUAGUAGGGAUGAGGGUUCAUAUGCCUGGUUCUUACAUUUCUCUGAAACAAGCUCUUCUGCUUUUCCCCUUGCUACUUUACUUCUUGCCUUAUUUGCCCUCUAGCAUUGCCAUGGCAGGAAAGAACCUUUGCAUUGUCUUUUGGGGAGCUGGAAUUGCAUAAUGCUACUUGGUAAAAGAAGUUUAUGAAGAUUACAAUGCAAGCAGGCAGGAGCAGAGUGGAAGCAUUAUGUGAGGUCUUCGUUAAAGUGGACUAUUAAAUUGGAGAAUACAGACUCAGAAAGUUGUCACAGCACAGACUGCAUUACACAAUCAGAAAACUAACUCUUACUCCUAAUAAGCUUUGCGAGUUCGUCUGGAGCUGGUUUUCCCUAGCUUUAUCAGAGACUCUGCUCUUUUUACUUGUACUCAGUUUGAGGGGAGCCCUGAUGUGAUGACUGACAACAAUGAAACAUUGAGUUGAGUGUGUUUUAGCAGCUUCUAUUUCUUCAUGGUUUAAAGUUGUCUCCAUGCUGCCAUAAUGUCCUGGGAUCUUGUGGCUUACAGCUCUGUAUGCAGGCUGUCCUUUAUUGUAAAAACAAAAGGGCUGGAGACAGGCUCCAAGGUUUAACAGGCAAACUGAGGGCAGGAAGCCAAUGAGUUUUGUGAGUAGCCAACUUGGAGGAGAUACAUGUAGAGGAAAUGUGGACAGAAAUAUCAGAAACAAGAAUGUGUUUCUUGAGUGUAUCAUGGCUCAUCAUAUACCACAGUCUUGGAGGGGAAAGUAGAGAUGAGCAGAAAAGAGGAAUGUUAUUUUAUAACCAUGGGGCUAACCAAAAGUACUCAUGUGUCCCAGAUGAUGGAAGUGAGACAUGGGAAACAAGCAGGCUCUGGUGGCCCAGAGAGGAGGCAAGGGUCAGGCAGGGUCUCUUACAUUAAAGAUGUUGAACUCUUCACAUGCUGAAAGUUUUCCCAGCACUUUAAAGGCCCAUUUUCUCCCCUAUGCUAAGGUUUCCUCAUGCUCAGUUGAGAAGUCCUCUUCUUCCUGCCAUCACAUCACCCCCUGGAGAUGAAGCACACCCUGUUAGGCAUCAGACAGUUUCUCACUUCUGGGCUGUUCUCCCAUGGCCUCCACAUACCAGCCUGAUUUAACCCUAAUUUAGAAACAUCAAACCCCAGAGGAAUUCCAUAACAAAACACUUUGUUAAGAGAGUAAAGCUUGAACACUUGGUUUUAGCAGGGUCCAGCAAGUACUCAUAAAACUUCACACUUUCUAUAUAAACAUUCCGUGCCUUAAAAAAAAGUGAAAAGUCUGGAAACAAAGGAAUUCAGCCACUUCUCAAAUGCCAUAACAUCUUUCAUCACUCACUAUCACUCCAGCCAACUUUAACUUUGCCAAAAUAUAUGCCAAUCUCAAAAUAAUAAAUUACUAGCAGUUUAUAAUAUCUAAACUCUCCAUUUCCUAGUCCGGGGUCUGUUUCCAAUAGACCAUCGCAGACUUGUAUAGUACAGCAAUUCUCGUCAAAUUAAAAAAAAAAGGAAAAGAAAAUAGGGAUAUGCAUGUCAGUUUUAUACAGCUUGAAAGCUAAAAAUGCGAACUUGCAACUCCUGUAUACAUUUAUGUCCUCCUUUGACGCCAGGCCUCCAUAAAAGUAGACAGAAUUCCAGGUCCAGAAAAUGAUUAUUUAUUCUAACCUAUUGCAGAGGAUUUUCUGACACAAAGGGUUUUAACAUAUAGUUAAUAGACAAUAUUCUGGCUGGCACAAGAUGAGGGCCUUGACCCCUGUCUGGAUACAUGUGGCUUCCCUCCAGCUCUGAUCUUACGCGCUCCUCACUUGGGGUGGCAGAGCCAUGCCCUGGCUGAGCUGAGAUUGGACAGCUCUGUGCCUCUCCUCCCUGUUGGCUGUCAUGUCUGUUUAAAUGAAGGUCCUCAGAAGAAAGACUGGCUCUCACUGUGUGUUUGUGCAGCACCUAUUGCCAAUGCAAUAAUUGGAAUAAAAGUAAACAAAAGCAGAAAUGACAGUCAUUCGGUCAUUUUGAUACGGAUCACAGUGAGGAAAAGAUAAUCUAUUCUGAUAAAUGAACCAAGUGAUUCAUGCUAGUCAGGUUAGGUGCCAGAUGGAGAAUAAUGGCAAGAGAUGAAUGAUCCAGUGCUGUAGAGCCUGAAUGGGUCCUAUUAUCUGGUCUAUUUGACUUCCAGAUAUUUUUAGGGGGUUAAGAUGUUUUGACACAGACAAAAAAAUAUUGUUUCACCUGGGAGUUUGCUGGAUCCCACGGGAUAGCUUGUCAACUUGUGCUUCUCUGACAACAACUUUGUUGAGAAUAUUGAAGCUUCUUUGAGUAGCUGAUCACCUACCAUCACCAAAUGUAGUCGUCAUUCAAGUUCUCCAAUUUGGCUUAAUCACAGAAUAUGCUACUGAAUAUCUUCCAUAGCGUGUAGAUGUAUUAGAUCCAAUUAAAAUGUCAUAGAAUAAAGAUGUUAAAAUAAAUCAUAAAUAAAUAACAGUAUGUUCAAACCUGACAGGCACUAUUGUUAAAAUAAAUCUCUAUCCUGGAUGGACAAACCCCUCACCCUUUGUAUGACUCUGCUGCUCUUUAACAGAAAGAUCAGAAGUAUCCUUAGGGUCUUCCCUAUGUGUGUGUAAACAACUGUUCCUGUAUGUGUAUGCAAGGAGAAUUUACAUAAGCUAAAACUAGUUGUGGUAGUGUGGCUCUGCAUUUGGAAGUCAGAGUUGUAAGAUAACACACAACAAGCAAAUUCUAUUUCCUCAUCUGAUAUGAGUGCAGGUGUCACAUUUUGUUGUUUUAAGUCUUUGAACCAAUUCUGAAUAGCUCAACCCCAAAGCAGGUGCUAGUCAUGAAGACUGAGGCUGACGGGUCAGUGCCAUAGGAUCCAGAGGUAUUUGUGUGGGGAUGCCUCUGAUUCUGCAGAGGAUUUCCUUACCUGUUUUCAGCGCAGAGUGCAUCUGAUGUUUAUAAGUGUGCGUAACAGAAGUGAAAACCUCACCUACUCCAGCUCUUCAGACUUCUGAGGUCCCUCUAGUGGCUUCCAUUGGCCAAACUGACUCCCCUGUGUAACUACUCUGAUGUUGAUGAAUUCACAAGAGGGAGAGUUUUGGUGCAAGGCAGAUACACUUUUACACCAGCAAGUGAAUAAUGAUGCAGUAAUCUUUAUGUAAGAAUUGAGGAAUGUAGUUCUAUAGCAAGGGAUCUUCAGGAAACACUUCAGCAAACAAAAGUUCCUGAAAUGUCCAAUCUCCUUCAAUUCCUUCCUGUAUCCCAGAAGUGACUCAUUCUCCCUUUUGAGUUUGUCCCAAACAAGUGAUCUCAUUAUGAUCAUGUACUGCAAGCACACGCUGAGUGAGCUUCACUUCUCUGGCACUAUAAUAAUUUUUUUGGAGACCUUGUCACACUUUUUGGAGAUCAGCUGGAGGCUAUAUGCCUCUUCUAAGCUCUGACUGACCUCAGCUGCUUUUCUUAUAGCCAAAGCAGGUCUGUUAUUUCCCUGCCAGGUUCCUCUGCACCCACCAUCUGUACAACAAGCUCUUCAGAUGUUUCACUGGAAACAGAGGUGCUUCUUUUGACCCACCUGAUGCUUUUGAAGCUCCCUCCCUCUGCAAUGAUGGUAGGCACCCUCACAGCAAAAUAUUAGGGCUGAAGGGAUUGCCCAGCCUGCUGGCAGGGUUUGACUUCAUGAAGAGGAUUAAAAACGAACAUAACCCCCCAAAUUUGAAGGUGAUAGAUGCUCUUGUAGUUCCUGAUGAAUCACUUUUCUCCUGAAAUUGCAUCUGUAUCAUGCUGGCUUGAUAGUAUCAAGGCUUUUUAAGAAGCCUGAUAUGAUCAAGCUUAUGCAAUACACCCUUGGGCUCUGGACACCUUGGAUGAGGUUUUCCCACUUUACAGAGUAUUUGGCACAAUCAAAAAGUGAAAUGUCACCACUAUGCUGAACUCAGUGAUUGCUUACCACCUUACAUUGGGUCUGGACUUAGCCCAGUUUUUUUGAGGUCUUGAAUCUCAGUGUCAAUGGUGUAAACAUAAGCAGAUACAUAUCAUUUUUACAGUAGAGCUGAAAGAUUGUUUCCAGUAAAUAAACAGUACUACGAUUGCAGUAUCUCUUUCUCUGUGGGCACUGUCUUUGGGUACUUCAUGAUUUCCUGAGGCAUCUUUGACACUUCAAACUUUCCUCUGGUAUUUCAAGCCAUUCAUUGAUGUGCUUCCAUGAAUGAUUCCUCAUCCCUGUUCUUCAAAGGCCAACCCAGGCUCUUGGCUCCAUAUAUUGUUAAAAUAUCAAGCUAUACCCAGGCCUUUGCAGAGUCAUGGCCCAUGCAAUGUUCAUAGAAAUUGUUCCUCCCUAUAACCUAUAAGGGAUUGUGCCGACUUCCUUGAGAUUCUGAAGUGUUCAAAGUAAUGCAUGUGCAUGUGGCUUUCAGUACUGGGACCUAAGUCUGGAGAUUGCUCAUCAACAACUUGCUACAAAUGUUCUGUGUUACAUGUGUGAAAUCAUAGCUGCAAAGGUUACUUUUGACAAAAAUCCUCAAAACAUACAGCAUUUCUUGGCUGCCUACACAAAAUGCAAACACAAUUUAGAAGUCCAGCAGCAGACUUCUCUU